UUUCCCCCCCCUACUUCCGUAAAUAAGCAUCAGUGGAGCUAGCAGCUUCAGCAGAAAGUGAAAACACAAACGGACAGUCCAGCGCGGCUCUCUCUGCCAUGGUCACACCGUUAACCGGGAGACGUUAACGACUCCAGAACCUGACGGCUGUUCUCCAGAAGUCUCCUAGAUAAUCUGGGAGCUGAGUGAUGUUCAUGCAUCUCACAUAAUGUGACUGCAGCAGCUCUGGCAGCCUCGUCCGUCCACACCGUCCCCCGGCCCUCGUCCCCCGCCCUGCCGUCUCACUGAAGUUCAUCCCUCUAACCUGCCGUCAUGGUGGAUGUAACCAAAUGGCCCCUUUUCAGCCUGAUGGGGCCUCAGGAGCUUUCAACCAUACGGAAAGCGUGCGUGUUUGGAACGUCCGCUAAUGAGGCCAUCUACAUCACCAACGAUGACGAGGUGUUUGUGUUUGGGCUGAACUGCAGCAACUGCUUGGGAACAGGAGACAGUCAAAGCUCAAUCAUGCCAAAGAAGCUGGACUUCCUGAGUGGCAGGAAAGUGGUCAGCCUGAGCUACGGCAGCGGCCCUCACAUCCUGCUGGCCACAGAGGAUGGAGAGCUGUUUGCCUGGGGCCAUAAUGGCUACAGCCAACUGGGAAACGGGACGACCAACCAAGGAGUGGCUCCAGUGCUGGUGUCUGCCAACCUGCUCAAUAAGAAGAUCACUGAGGUGGCCUGUGGCUCGCACCACUCCAUGGCUCUGACCGACUCAGGGGAAGUGUACGCGUGGGGCUACAACAACUGUGGUCAGGUGGGUUCUGGCUCCACAGCCAACCAGCCGACGCCCCGCAGAGUGUCCAGCUGCCUGCAGAACAAGCUGGCCGUCAGCAUUGUCUGCGGGCAGACCUCAUCGCUGGCAGUCGUGGAUAAUGGAGAGGUGUACGGCUGGGGCUACAAUGGCAAUGGGCAGCUUGGACUUGGAAAUAAUGGGAACCAGCUCACUCCCUGUCGGCUUGUAGGUCUGCAGGGUUUAUGUGUGCAACAGAUCGUCUCAGGCUAUGCCCACUCCUUGGCGCUGACCGACGAAGGGCUGCUUUACGCUUGGGGCGCCAACACAUAUGGACAACUGGGCACCGGGAACAAGAGCAACCAGCUGAGCCCGGUUCAGAUCAUGGCCGAGAAAGAGAGGAUCGUAGAAAUCGCCGCCUGUCACUCCACACACACAUCAGCCGCUAAGACCCAGAGCGGUCAGGUGUACAUGUGGGGGCAGUGCAGAGGUCAGUCCAUAGUGCUGCCUCACCUCACGCACUUCACCUGCACCGACGAUGUCUUUGCAUGCUUCGCCACCCCCUCGGUGAUGUGGAGGCUCCUUUCCAUGGAGCACGAUGACUUCUUGACCGUGGCUCAGUCUCUGAAGAAGGAGUUUGACAACCCAGAGACAGCCGACCUCAAGUUCUGCGUCGAUGGCAAAUAUAUCUAUGUCCACAAAGCGGUCCUCAAAAUCAGGUGUGAACACUUCAGAUCGAUGUUCCAGUCCCACUGGAACGAAGACCUGAAGGAGGUGAUUGAAAUCGACCAGUUCUCCUACCCCGUCUACCGCUCCUUCCUGGAGUUCCUCUACACCGACAACGUGGAGCUGCCUCCUGAAGACGCCAUCGGGCUGCUGGAUCUGGCAACGUCAUACUGUGAGAACCGCCUGAAACGUCUGUGUCAGCACAUCAUCAAGAGGGGGAUCACGGUGGAAAACGCCUUCUCUCUGCUGUCUGCUGCUGUGCGUUACGAUGCAGAGGACCUGGAAGAAUUCUGUUUCAAGUUCUGCGUAAAUCACCUGACCGAGGUGACCCAGACCACCGCUUUCUGGCAGAUCGAUGGCAAUCUGCUCAAAGACUUCAUCUGUCGAGCCAGUCGCUGUGGAGCCUUUAAGAACUGACCUCAAGCCGAGGUGAUGAUCGGAGUAGAGGAUGGUGCAGGACUCCUCCAAGUACUUCAUCGCCUCUCACUGACAGAAGUUUUUAGAUCAUCACUGUUCAAUCUGUUACUCGCCUCAUUCCAGAUGAGAAGCUGUCCAUACUGGAACGAUAAGCUGACAGGUAGCAGCAUCGUUACAUACUGUAGCUGCUUCCCACAGUGCCUGGCCUGUGCAUUUACACAUAUUGUGUAAAGUGGGAGCUUAAAUCCGUUGCGGAGCUUGCUGUUGCUUGAUCGAGUUAUUUCUUUUUAGCUUGAAAGGUUCUGGCCAGUCGCCUGAUAUCAUUUGACGUUUUCUAUUUUUCUGUUGAGUUGACCAAGUUACUUUAAGGGUUUGCACUUGUGUUCUGAUUAUCCUAGUUUGGAUGUGCCGUCCAGAUUCACGGUUUUCAGGCUGAGAUCGGAGACUCUUUGCACUUGUCGCUGUUAGGAUAGGAAACCAUUUGGAGUGUGAACACUGAUAUUAAUACUCCAGCAUUCAAGGCUGGAUUUAAUCCGUUUAGGUCAAAUUCAUCUCAGUGAAUAUUAGUCCUAGUGGCCUCCACAGCUGCAGUGCUGAUGUUCUGUUUAAGGAUGUAAGUUACAGAGUCUGGUUCACUCUUGGUUUGAAGACGCCACAGGCUGGAUUGUGUUAUUGUGGGCAGCUACUGCUCCGCAACAUUAAAGGCUUUUUUUGUGUUUCUGUCCCAUGCAGACUCUAUUCAUACGAAAACAGAUCUGUCUGCUGUAUGAAUGUGUUGCAUUGCCUGUUGGUUUGAAAACACAGUGGGCUCUGGAUGUUUCUGGCGGGCAGGCUGUGAUAGAGACAGAGCAGCUGGUUGCAGACUGGACCGCUGGACUGUCAGCGUGAGGUCUGCAGAGCACAGUGUUCCAACACUUUGGAGAAUUUAGAAGUCUCCACUGUGUUUGGGUAUUAUCCAUGGAAAGAAUGUAGAAAUCAAAGACUCCCAAUCAUAGCUCCUAGAGUGAUGAAUUUAAAAGGUGUGGAUGACAGAAAAUCCCCUCGCAGUUUCUGCUGCGUUUGUUUUUCUGAUCUGUGUGCUUGCAGUGCCUCCAGUCAGUGUAGCUCAUUUUGUGACUUCUCAGAGGAGUCUAUAGAGACAGAUGAUGGCCUUUAUGCCAUGCACUCCAUUGGAGAGAUAUGGAAAGCAGAAAUUAGCCUGAUUCAAGGCCUUAAAGCCACAGUAGUCACAGAUAGAGGGGAAAAAAUGCCAAGUUGAACUAAAUAGAAACUUUUCUUUAAGAUAUGUGGCCUUGCAGAAGCUUAGAUUGUGUGGCCUUGGGUUUUUCUUUUUUCCAUCUGCACGAUUUAUCUACUGUAUCUUGAAAAUGUCAUUUUACAGUGUUAGCAUUUAUUACGUUUUUUUUAGAGACUUCUGCACUACUGCUGUGUGUAUUUUGAAGAGCAUAUUUAGUCAUAUCUAUGCAGGACAUUCAAAAUGAAUAAUUGUGUUUAUUGAUACUGAGUAUUAUGAAGUGCCAGUUAAAUUUUGUGACCUCCACAAGCAAAUAAAAUGAUUCUGAUA